AUGACAUUACUCGAAGCCGUGAGCAAACGGCAGCAACAUCAUCAACGCAACACAGGAAUACAACCCCACGGAAUGAAAUCCAUGCUGAUCCUGUUGGCCCUGGCAGGCCUGGCUGCUGUCUGUGUCCGGGCGGAUGUAUCGCAUCUGUUUGGUGGUAGCGGUGGACAUGGUGGCCACCAUCACGAGCACGAUCAUCACGAUCAUCACGAUCAUCACGAUCAUCAUGAGCACGAUUACCACUACGAUGCUCAUGCGCAUUCGCACGACAGUCAUCAUGGGCACCACGGUCUGCACAUAGAUCUGCACUACCAACCGGAGGAGCCACACCACCAUCACCAUCAUGUGGAGCAGGAGCCCAAGUUCAAUAUACCCAGCGGCUACAGCUAUGCAGGACCAGCGCCGGCUCCUAAGAGCAGCUAUCUGCCGCCAGCGGAGAAGCCCCGCCAGAAGUAUCUGCCACCCAAGGCGUCGCUGCCACCUCCACCGCCACCUCCGCCCAAGGCCAGCUACUUGCCACCUUCCGAGCCGGAAGUGAAGUAUCUGCCUCCUGCACCUGCACCCAAAUAUCUGCCGCCUGCACCUGCACCCAACCUGCCGCCUCCACCUCCACCCCCGGUAGUUGCACCCCAGCCAAGCUACUUGCCUCCUGCCAAACCGGAAACUAAUUAUCUGCCACCCGCUCCACCGGCCAACAAGUAUCUGCCCGCCGAGGAGCCCGUGGCCAGAUACCUGCCUCCCAAGGUCGCUCCCAGUCUGCCACCGCCGCCACCGCCCCCGGCGUCCAGGCCAGAGUCGAGCUACCUGCCACCCGCCCCCAGGCCAGAGUCGAGCUACCUGCCACCUAACCAUGCGGAGGAGCAUCACCAGCAUCAGCCAGAGAUUGACUUUCACAUCCCCAUUCCAUCGUACGCCCUGCCCCUGCAGUCGGAGAGCCACGUCCACGUUCCCGAGCACGGCUACCAGUACAAGCCGCCGCUGCGUCGCUUCAGGCAAUAG